AUGAGGCAUCUGAAGCUGGUGCUGGUGCUGUUGGUCGCGGCAGCGGAUCUGUGGGAAUGUGCAGACGCAAAGUGGGGUGAAAAGAGCGAUCUGAGUCCGCGUCGGAGGAGAUGCUACGACGGAAGUUUACCGAGGCGCCUGAAGAAGAAGGAGCGCAAAGUGACCGCUGGUGGAGAUGUUUGUUCUGCGCUUUAUCCACGAGUCUCCUGCUGCCUGACACGCCGAGUCCCGCACCGAACAGAGCCCACGAUUAUUUCCAGCAAUAGCACGGAGUGUUCCAGACUGCUGGAGGAGAUUAAAUGUGCCCGCUGCUCUCCUAACGCCCAGAUGCUGUUCCGUUCAGCUGAGCAAGAGUCGACUCUACACCGCGAUCCAGACCUUCCUCGCCUGUGCUUCGACUACUGCCGGGAGUUCUACUACACCUGUAGAGGACACGUACCAGAGCUGUUUCAAGCAGACGUGGACGAGUUCUGCCAGUACUACGGAAGGAGGGACGGGGGCCUGUGCUUUCCCGAUUUCCACCGAAAUAUACCACGUGGGCAGGAGUCCAACUACCUCGGAGACGAGAGAAUAGAAGUCAUCAACAGGAAGCACAAGCACAACUGCUACUGCGCACAGGAGAUCCUGAGCGGUCUACGGCAGCCUGUGUCCGUGGUGCAUUGUGGGGAUGGAUCGCAGCGCCUUUUCAUCGUGGAGAAGGAAGGUUUCGUCCGCAUCCUCAAUCACGACAUGGAACUCAUGAAAGAGCCCUUCCUGGACAUUCACAAACUGGUGCAAACUGGGAUCAAGGGAGGAGAUGAAAGGGGCUUGCUAAGCCUGGCAUUCCACCCCAAUUAUAAGAAAAACGGCAAGCUCUACGUCUCCUACACGACCAACCAGGAGCGCUGGGCCAUCGGGCCUCACGACCACAUUCUCCGUGUGGUUGAGUAUACAGUGUCCAGGAAAAACCCCAACCAAGUGGACACCAGGACCAUCCGAGUUCUGAUGGAGGUUGCAGAGCUGCACAGGAAGCACCUUGGUGGGCAGCUACUGUUCGGGCCAGAUGGGCUUCUGCACAUCUUUCUGGGUGAUGGCAUGAUCACGCUGGAUGAUAUGGAAGAAAUGGACGGUCUUAGUGACUUCACCGGAUCAGUUCUGAGGGUGGAUGUCGAUACGGACCAGUGCGCCAUGCCUUACGCCAUACCCCGGGACAACCCCUACUUUAACAGUACCAACCAGCCUCCAGAAAUCUUUGCCCAUGGGCUGCAUGAUCCUGGAAGGUGUGCAGUGGACAAGCUUCGCAUGGACACCAACGGAAGCCUUCUGAUCCUGUGUACUGACACUACAGGAAGAAACACGAUGACUGGAAGGAUCCUGCAGAUCAGCAAAGGGAAGGACUAUGAGAACGAGCUGUCUAUUUAUGACCUGGAAUCCACUGAUGGUGCAGUCCCACUUGGUGGGUUCUUCUACAGGGGCUGUCAGUCAAGAAGACUUUAUGGAAGUUAUGUAUUUGGUGACAAAAAUGGCAACCUGAGAAUACUCCAGAGGCCCUCUGAGGACCGGCCGUGGCAGGAGAAGCCACUCUGUCUUGGAAGUAGCAGUUCCUGCGGUUCCUCUUUGGUAGGCCACAUCCUGGGGUUUGGCGAGGAUGAACUAGGUGAGGUCUACAUCCUGGCGUCCAGCAAAAGCUUGUCCAUGCAGUCACACAGCGGAAGACUUUACAAGCUGGUCGACCCUAAAAGGCCUCAGGUCCCUAAAGAAUGCCGGCGACCCGUGGAAGCUCCUGAGGUGCUAAGCAGCUCUUGUUCUUGGGAUUGCCGAAAUGGCCACUGUACCCCCACAGGCAAAUGUUGCUGUAACAGCGGCUGGGAGGGUCCUUCCUGCUUACGAGCCAAGUGUGAACCUGCAUGCCGGAAUGGCGGCGUAUGUGUCGAACCAAACAAAUGCUUUUGUAAGGAAGGCUGCUCCGGAGCCCAGUGUGAGAAGGGAGAACGCGGCACGCAAACUGAACAAAACAAAGACGGCAUCAUGGAUCACAUAAUCGACAUGACAUCAUACCUGCUGGACCUCACCAGUUUCAUUGUGUAAAACAGUCGGAGAUGGAGUUUAAGGAGGUGAUUAAGGGUUUCCCUUUAGGACAUCAACACCCCGACUUCCAAAUGCACCCAAUCACCAUCAGCACCACCCUCACAUAGCUGUACUUUUACCUGGUGGAACAAUAUAUGCUGGUAUUUACUCUAUAUUUGGUUGAUUCCUUUAAAUUUCGUUUUACUAAAUUAUUAAAAUGGUUCAAAACAACACUGGUUCCAUGUCCACUGUUCCACGCCCUUUUACAUAUCCAUACACCCAUAGUGAGACCAGUGGGUGUCAAAAACAAGCCCUCAUGAGGUAAUGGAUCCAGUAAGUAUUUGAUUUGCUGUCUUCACUGAGUAUUAGGACUUCACAAAGUCUGCAGCCCUGCUACCUUCUUCCAAAAGACUGGACUCGCUAGACUCACAAACUCACAAAGCAAUCAAGACUCAAGGACUCAGUUUGGGAAUUCAAAUGGACGGUCUACCUGACUAAAAUUAACCAUGUAAAUUCAUGCUGGCCCUACAUCUAGAACCAUAAACCAAAGGCUUAGCCUUUAUAGAGUCUCCAUUCAUUUGCUAAACGUACAAUAUCCAUAUUUUUAUGAUUAAUAAAAUGUCAAAGAUGCCAACUAUCAUCAGAUGUACGCUAUGGAAUUGCUCAGAUGGGGGUCCAUAAAGUUAAACCUGAAUAUUGACGACAUUCAGUGUGUAUUUUUGUAUAAAGAAAAUAGAGUAAGUUGC